AUGCCAUUUGUCGGGAUAUUUCUAAUCUAUAUCUACAUAAGAAGGCACUUAGCAAUAGACAAGAACGUUGAAGAAUUUUUGCAGGCUCACAACAACUUUUUGCCCAUAAGAUACUCUUACUCGAAUAUUAAGAAGAUCACUGCAAAUUUUAAGCACAAAUUAGGAGAAGGGGGAUACGGUCUACGAAGCAGCAAUGAAGUGGUCAUCAAGAUUUUGAAGCAGUCCAAGGGCAACAGUCAAGAUUUUAUCAAUGAAGUGGCUACUAUUGGAAGAAUUUACCAUGUCAAUGUAGUGCAACUCAUUGGUUUUUGCUUUGAAGGCUCGAAACAAGCUCUCGUGUAUGAUCUCAUGUCGAAUGGAUCUUUGGAUAAGCAAAUUUUCACUGAGGAAGGUGAUAAGUUUCUUGAUUACAAGAAAAUAUAUGAGAUUGCUCUUGGGGUGGCAAGAGGGAUUGAAUAUUUACAUCGGGGGUAUGACAUACAAAUACUACACUUUGAUAUCAAGCCUCACAAUAUUCUUUUGGACAAGAAUUUCACUCCGAAAGUUUCUAACUUUGGACUCGCCAAACUUUAUCCUGCUAAUCAUAGCAUAGUCUCAUUGACUGCUGCAAGAGGGACCUUAGGACAUAUGGCACCUAAGUUGUUCUAUAGAAACAUCGGUGGUGUAUCUUAUAAAGUGGACGUCUAUAGCUUUGGGAUGUUGCUCAUGGAAAUGGCAGGUAAACACAUCGGUAAGAGGGCAAGGACAAAAAUGAUGGGUGAAGGUGAUGGACAUCGAGAAUCUUUCUCCUUUGGUUCUGUUUCGGAUAGUAGCGCCGUGGAGCUCAUGAACUCUUUGGAGAAUGAUCUGGUCUCGAUUCCUUCCGAGACAUCUCCGAGGAUUUGCUCUUUCUGGAUGGUUCGAUUUGAGCGGUUUUCUUUGCGUCUGUAG